AUGCUACCUGUAGCGUUAGCACCCGGGGAUAGCAUUGGUAUCGGAGCAGGAGCGCCCGGACCUCCAGGACCUCCAGGUCGACCAGGGAUCUUCAACUGCCCCAAAGGAACAGUGUUUCCAGUCCCUCCUAGACCUCACUGCAAAAUGCCUCUUAAUCCUGAUGGUACAGUAGCAGCAGCAGGUAAUUGUGCAAAUGGGACGAAGGGAGAAAAAGGAGAGCGAGGACCUCCUGGAAUGCCUUCAGCAGACUUUUUCACAAGAGGAUGGGGCGAGGACAGUGUGAGAGGGGAGAGGGGUGACAAAGGAGAGUCCGGGUUCAUGGGAAAGCUCGGUGUCUCUGGACGUCCUGGGCCUGUGGGUCCUAAAGGCGACUCUGUGAUGGGACCCCCUGGACCUCCUGGAGUCCCUGGUUCCCCUGGGGUCCCUGGGUACGGCUGGCCUGGACCCCCCGGACCUCCCGGACCUCCAGGAGCCCCCUCUGGAUCCAGAUAUGGAACAGUGAGCAUCGCAGGACCCCCCGGAGCACCAGGAGCAUCACUGAAGGUGUUCUUGAGCCGGGACAGUAUGAUGCAGUACACGCUCCGAGACGCCGAGGGGACCAUGGCCCUCGUGUCCAGCACCGCCUCGCUCUACAUCAAAGUGUCUCAGGGCUGGAAGGAGAUACAGCUCGGAAGUCUGAUCUACGUCUCCAACAACUUUAUUCCACAAGACGAGCCGAGUAACGCGGUGGCGUAUCAGGUCAGAGGGCCCACGAUGGAGAGAGUGCAGUCGGCAAAAGAGAGAUUGACGCUGGUGGCUCUGAACCAGCCUCACUCUGGUCUGAUGCUGGGACUGGACUCUGCAGACCGUCUCUGUUACGAACAGGCCAAAGCCAUGGGUCUCUCUCCGGACUACAGAGCCUUCAUCUCCUCCCAGAGACAAGACCUGAUGCACGUGGUCUAUCCGGGACACAGGGACCUGCCAGUCACCAACCUCAGGGGAGACAUUUUAUUCAGAAGUUGGAGGUCCAUAUUCAGUGGAGACAGAGCUCCAAUCAACACCCGGAUACCCAUCUACUCUUUUGACGGUCGGGACGUGUUAGCUGAUCCUUUCUGGCCUCAGAAGCACAUAUGGCACGGCUCGACCAGCAGGGGGCACCGCAUCGUGGACAAACACUGUGAGAACUGGGGAGCGGAGCACGUGUCUGUGACGGGCCAGUCCUCCAGCCUCCACUCAGGACUCUUACUGGGACAAGAGACUCGCAGCUGCUCCCACCAGUACAUCGUGUUGUGUAUAGAGACGCACAAGAGCCACUAG